GCAGCAGACCCGCUUGAUAACAGCGCUUUGAAACAGUGACAGCUGGAAGAACAGCACGCCACAGCAGCGGGGAGCCAGCGAGACGCAACGGGACAGAGAGCAGCGGAGCGACGGCUUCAUCGACAGAGAGCAGCGCCGCGCAGUUAACAGCAGCAAGCGUUUCGUUCAGUGCCUUCAAACUCGCCUGCUGUCACCCGCAACGAACCACUCCUGAACAUGUUAUUGGGUUUUAUUGUAUAUAUAUUUCCCCGGUUCUGUCAUUUUAUGGGAGCACUUCUCGGAAUGCAGAAGGAAACAACAGCGGAUCAGUCAGGUGCCUUUUGAAAAAGCGCACGAGAAGAAGAGCAAAACGGGGUUUCUGUAACUGAGAUCACAUGAUAUUAUGUACUAGGAUACAAAAAUAAAUUCAUAACUAAAAUACCAGGAAGAACUGACACUGAGUGUGCACAGCGCAACCAAGAGCCGCUUUGGGCAAAGAGUGUGUGAAUAACGCUGAUUAAUCGAAAGGACCUCAGCUGUGCGUAUUUGGAUGUGAGCGCUGUACCUGAAUGAGACGCGACAGGAUGGUGUAAUACACGACAGAAAUCCAAACAUACUACAGCGUCUCUACUGCAUGCAGAUACACGACUGCCUCAACCGAACAGAGCUGUGAUAUAAUUAACCGGCACGGGAGGGGACUUGGAGCUCCCACAGUUCACUGGGUCGGAACAUUUUAGAACAUUGUAGAUUCGGAAUCACUGGUUCCGGUGCAUCAUGAAUCGCUAUGGAUGAGCAAAUGACAAUGCGAUUUUGAGGCUGUGUUAUUGUACCCCUCGCAGUCUCAGUUGAUGCGUCAGUGGGUAAGCGAAGACACCCUGAAAUGGACUGAAACAAAACACCCCUCCAUCCAGACCCCUCCGUAUCGCCGUGGUGUUUACUGGUUUAUUUAGUUUGCUUGUUGGUUUAUUUUUCAUGAGGAUUUGUAGACGUUUAAUUUGACAUGCAUCACAAAGGAAUCCCCCUGCUCGUGCUGCUGGAGUAUGUUGUCUGCGUGCAAGGUGUACCAGAUCUCAGGACACCGCUGGUGUCUCGUUGCGAUGGACGCUCCUGCAACCCCUCUGUCGGUAACCUAGCGACCGGCAGGACGGUGUCCACCCUGAGCAGAUGUGGAGAGAACGGCACAGAGUUUUACUGCUCGUACCCGGACCCGGAACUCUCCUCCUGCCAGCGGCCCAAAUGCGGCAAGUGCAACGCCCAGCACCCCGGGCACGCCCACCACGCGGUACACAUGACCGACGACUUCUUUUUGAACCCGGGGACGUGGUGGCAGUCAGCGACGGGCGUCAACCGGGAGGAGCUUCGCCUGGACUUGGAGACGGAGUUCUACCUGACCCACGUCAUCGUGCUGUUCCGCUCCCCUCGGCCCGCGGCCAUGACCCUUGAGAGGUCUCAGGACUACGGCCGGUCCUGGAGAACCUAUAAGCACUUCGCUGUGAACUGCAGCGAGACGUUCGGCAUCCCCGACGACGGCAGCCACGCGGGGUCUCUGUGCACCUCCCGCUACUCGCAUGCCCUGCCCUGCACCAAGGGAGAGGUGAUAUUCCGAGCCCUGACUCCUGGGAAUGGGGUUGAGGAUCCCUACAGCGCAGAGGCCCAGGACCUGCUCAAGCUGACCACCCUGCGGCUGCGGCUUCUGAAGAGGCAGGAGUGCCCGUGCCGGGGAAGCCCCGCCGAGCCGCUGCACAAGCCACAGCACUCCGCUCACUAUGCCGUGUACGACCUCAUCGCCCGCGGGAGCUGCUUCUGCAACGGGCACGCCGAGGACUGCCAGUCUGCGCCAGGGACCAGGAGGGAGGGCAGCAUGGUUCACGGGAGCUGCCUCUGCCAGCACCACACCGCAGGGGAGCACUGUGAGAUGUGUGCACCUCUUUACAAUGACCUCCCGUGGAGACCAGGCGAUGGGAAAACAGGGGCGCCAAACGAGUGCAAAAAGUGCCAGUGCCACGGCCACGCUGACAGUUGCCACUUCGACAGCGGUGUGUGGCUGGCCUCGGGGAAGCGCAGCGGGGGGGUCUGCGAUGGCUGUCGGCACAACACCAAGGGGCGCCAGUGCCAGCGAUGUCAGGCUGGCUUCUACAGGGACCAGGCCAAGCCCAUGUCCUCCCCCGAUGCCUGCAAACCCUGCUCCUGCCACCCUGUGGGCUCCACCAACGGCUCCCUCUCCAGGCUCUGGAAGUGCCACCCCCGGAGCGGCUACUGCUACUGCAAGCCGGGCGUGGCGGGUCCCAACUGCGCCCGCUGCAUGAUGGGAUACUGGGGGUUUGGGGAGAGCGGCUGUCGGCCGUGUGACUGUGCCCGGGACUGUGACACCAAGACUGGGGAGUGUCUGGACAGUUUUGACCACGAGCCGUUUUUCAGUGUUCCUAUUGGAGGGCGCAUUCCUGACCUCACUCACGUUCCGACCAAUGAGAGCGAAGGGGAGUGGGGUUUUUCAGCCCUGAGGCACCCUGAGAAGUGCUUAUGCAAAGAAAAAAUGCUUGGAGGCGUCCCGGAUUUUUGCAAGAUGAAAUACGCUUACGUGAUCAAGGCGAGGAUUCUGUCCGCCCACGACAAAGGCACGCACGCAGAAGCCAUCGUCAAGGUGAAGAAGGUCAUGAGGGCGGGCAAGGUGAAAAUAUCACCGGGAAACAGGAGCAUCUACCCAGAGUCCUGGACCAACAGGGGCUGCACCUGCCCUGUCAUGAAGCCGGGAACGGAUUACCUGAUCGCUGGACAUGAGGACUUCAGGACAAGCAAGCUCCUGGUCAACAUGAACAGCCUGGUGAAGCCGUGGAAGGCUUCUCUCGGGAAGCAGGUCGUGGAUAUCCUCCAAUCAGAGUGCAAGUGAGCCCCGUUCCCGUCCCCCCUGCAGCUAGCAAACUGAGACCAGGCCGUCGCAGUCCUGCAGGACCAGGGCAUUACCACCUGAACUAAAACCAUGUUUAUUUUCUACAUCGUUUGUUUGUUCGUUCAUUUCUUAAUUUCCUCUUAAUUUUUCAACCUUCUGAAACAUGACUCUGAAAUCACCCUUCUGAAACACGACUCUGAAAGCACCCUUCUGAAACACGACACGGAAAUCACCCUUCUGAAACACGACUCGGAAAAUGACCCUUCUGAAACACGACACUGAAAUCACCCUUCUGAAACACGACUCGGAAAUCACCCUUCUGAAACACGACACUGAAAACACCCUUCUGAAACACGACACUGAAAUCACCCUUCUGAAACACGACUCUGAAAUCACCCUUCUGAAACACGACUCUGAAAUCACCCUUCUGAAAUAUGACUCUGAAAUCACCCUUCUGAAAUAUGACUCUGAAAUCACCCUUCUGAAACAUGUGAAUACACUGACUGUGAGAAAGAGAUUUCUAUACUGUACGAGGCCCCUAUCACUCAUUUUAUAUAUAUAUGCACACACACACUGUGAAUACACUGACUGUGAGAAAGAGAUUUCUAUACUGUACGAGGCCCCUAUCACUCAUUAUAUAU